AUGGAGAACGAGAAACAGCGGAGGGUUGCGGGAAGUUGGCAGGGAGCAGGGCAGCCGCACAGGGCCCUGGGGCCUCUGCGCAGUGAACCGAGCUCCCUCCACCCCCCACUGCAGUUUGAGGAGAUCCACGAGCUGAUGGCGCGCUACAAGACGCUGGUGAGCAUGCACUCCGACCUCAUGCAGUCGGCGCAGGAGGGCCAGGAGAAGAUCGAGCGUGCCAAGGCGCGGCUGGCCCGCUACAUGGAGGAGAAGGACGAUGAGGUCCUGCAGCACAACAACGAGCUGGCGCGCCUGCAGAUGCGCUUCGACCGCGCCCGCAGCGACGUCAUCAUCUGGGAAUCUCGCUGGGCACACAUCCAGAACACCGCUGCCAAGAAGACCCUCUUGCUCGGCACCAUUAAGAUGGCAACACUGAACCUCUUCCAGAUCGUGAGCAAGCAGCUGAAGGAGACAACCGAAGUGUCCCUAGAGGACACGCACAAACAGCUGGACAUGAUCCAGCAGUUCAUCCAGGACCUGACAGACAUCUGGGCAGAGGUGAAGAAGAAGGACCAACAGCAGAUCCGGGUUUAA